AUGCUCACCGAUUACACAUAUUUUGGUGCCCCUCCUGAAUUCGUGAUCAAUGCAGUGCGCUCCAGUCUCACCCCGUCGCUUCCCAACUAUAUCCCCAUCUUUCAUCAAAUGAUCAAGAAACAUCAAAAAGGUCUUCUGGGCACAUAUGAUGACUGGACGUCAGUCCAAGUCAGCGGCCCCGUGCUUCGUUUGGCUUCCAUUCUCUCGGCCCGCGCAUUCCACAGCAGCGAGGCAAGCAUGAAUCCAGACUGGCUGGAUGUCGCAACGGGGUAUGUCCAUGCCGUCCUUGAUUCCAUCAAAGCCCUCAAGAGGUGGCCGCCAUAUCUUCGACCCUUCGUUCAUCGGUUUCUCCCCGAGCGCGCCGCCAUCGCUCAACAGCGGAGCAAGGCCCGGAAGAUUGUCGCCGCGUCACUCCAAAGGAAACAAUCCAACGGCGGCGCACCACUUGAUGACCCGCCCACUAUGCUGGAUCAUUUGUCCAGUGGGAAGAAUCACAACAUUGCCACUGAUAUCGAGAAGCAGGUCUUGUAUCAGAUGACUUUGGUCGCCGUCGGGACCGUCACUACUUUCUCCACGGUCACACAGUGCUUAUAUGACCUGGCAGGCCACCCGGAGAUCAUACCAGAUCUUCGCGAAGAGGCAAUUUCCGUGCUCAAACAGUCCAAGGGCCUCCUCAAUAAAGAAUCCUUAUCCGCCCUGAAGAAAAUGGACAGCUUCAUGAAGGAGUGCCAGCGAUUUUCGUCUCCCGACUUGACUACAUUCCAGCGCGCUGCGACAGAGGAUAUGAAUCUGCCCGACGGAACAUUUAUUCCCAAGGGAACCAAGCUCGAGACAGCGACUUGUUCGAUUCAUGCCGACGAGCAGCACUACGAGAAUCCCGACCAAUUCGACGCCUUUCGCUUUUACAGAAAGCGCCAGGUCCCGGGCCAGGAAAAUAAAAAUAUGUUCGUCAGCGUCGGCUCGAAUGAUCUGGCGUUCGGCUUUGGCAAACAUGCCUGUCCUGGAAGGUUCCUGAGCCACGUCGUGAUCAAAUGCUUCCUUGUGGAGUUCCUUCUGCACUAUGACAUCAAAUCUGCGCCGGGAGUUGGAAGACCUAAGAACAUUGAAUUUGAAGCCUUUGUUGACCCGGACCCUACUGCGGAGGUUCUGCUUCAAACAAUACACGUCGGGGAACCCGAAUUUUUGGACUGAAGCAAUUCACAAAAAAAAAAAAAAACACCGCAUAGUCACUCCACAGAACAUCGAGAUGAAUCUACAUUUCUGAUUGAAUAACUAUAGGGAGCCUGGAAAGCUGAAAGGGAAAGGGUUUCUCACUCCUAAAAACAUUGCAGUUGGGCUAUUGGAAAGCUAUUGGGAUCUAUUAUAUCGCCUCUUCUUUCAAAUUAGAAUCUGUUCGCUCUAUAGUAAAUGCCAUAAAUAGGAUAGAUAUCAUGAUAGUAUAGCAAAUGAUAAUGACAAGUAACUAACCACGGGUAUUCUUCUCGCUCAUUGGAGUAUAAUGCCUCCAACCUCUCUUUGACAGCCUCAACCAACGCUAAUGCAUGACAUGCUUUCCGUGAACGCCAUCAAAUCCCAUUCUGAUACAAUGGACAUAUUCCGUUUCCUUUAUUGAUCCACUGGGUACAGGUUCAACCAGUCAAACCCACUCUGCCAGUUGAGCGUUUCGAAAUUUGAAUCGUGAUUAUAGUACU